GCUGGAGCUCGAUGUUUAGUCCCGGCUGUCAGAUUUAAUCUGGCAAAUUGAGAAACGGCGCACAAACUGGUCCAAAUCCCCACACUAACUCCAGGAUUUCCCAAGAAGCAGUUGGACUACAGGUGUUUGUUUCUGAAACAAAUUUCAGAUGGGGAGAGAAGGGCUGGGACAUGAUUCCAGGUGAUCCAGCAAAGGACCUCUUCAGUUUAAAAGAGAACAUAAAUGAAUAUUUGCCAUGCUACAUGGGAAGGCUCUGAACACCUCCCCGGUCUUCUUCCUCAUUCUCACCGUUGUAGCUGCUGUUCAUGGUCACUUGUAUCCCCAAUUUUCACGCAAUGACACUGAAUUCCAGCACCUGGUGCUCCACCCGGACCCGGCCGUGGGCACAGUGUACGUGGGGGCCAGGGACCACCUUUUCCAGUUGGAUGGAUUUGACGGACUCCGGCUGGAGCAAGAGGAGACCACCGGUCCUCUGAGGGACCACAAAAACUGCCUUCCUCCUGUCACAGAAAGCAACUGCCCCGCAUCCAGAAGAACAAGCAACCACAACAAACUGCUUCUGGUGAACCCAAAGGCGUCGGAGUUGAUCACCUGUGGUAGCGUCCACCAGGGCACCUGUCAGAAACGUAGCCUGAAGUCCAUCAAGGAGGUUCUCUUUUCAACUGAAAGGCCCGUGGAUACACAGUACGUUGCAGCCAAUGAUCCCUCAGUGUCUACUGUGGGGUUGGUGGUGGAGCUUCCGGACAGCGUAAAGACGGUGAUGUAUGUUGGUCGAGGAUACACUGCCAGCCACCCGCCCAUUUCCACCCGCCAUCUGUCGUCAGAGCCUUUCUUUUCAUGCGAGGAGACGGCUAAGCUGGCUGUUGCUGGACGUUUGUCAGAAUACGACCAUCAUUUUGUGAAGGCGUUCACCCGGCGCUCACACGUGUACUUCCUGUUUUACCGCCGUGACAUCAAAUCAGUAUCGAGGGAGUACCGGACUUACGCAGCCAGGGUUUGCCUCGAGGACACCUCCUACUACUCAUAUGUGGAAAUUCCUCUCCUGUGCAGAUCGCCCUCUUCUCCUUCCAGGGUUUAUAACCUGCUUCAGGCUGCUCAGGUGGGACAAGGUGUGGGCCUGCAAGGCGAAGAUCUACUGGGAGUCUUCUCCACCCAUGUCGGCUCAACAAACAACGGUCCGUUGGACUCCUCGGCUCUGUGUGUUUUCUCUCUGGAUGAGCUCGACAGGCACAUCAACUCCACCCGCGACCUCUGCUACACCAAAGAUGGGUUGGUGGAGGGCAGAGGGGAGGUGGCUUACAUAGAGUACGAAGUCAAGUCCAGCUGUGCUAACCUGCCUUUGAAUACCCUGAAGGCAUACCCAUGUGGCUCUGACCACACCCCCAGUCCCAUGGCGAGCAGGGACGCGAUGGAAGCCAAAGCUGUGUGGCAAACCUCCGUCGCCCGUCUCACCGCCGUGGCUGUAAGUGUCAGAGAAGGACACAGCAUCGCCUUCCUGGGAGACGCCAAAGGAAAUCUGCACAAGGUGUACCUUGGUAAGGACGGUGGGGUGGAGGUAUACGCUAACUCGACAAUACAUCCCAACUCCCCCAUUAGCAGCGACCUGUUGCUCGAUCAGAAUGGAUCGCACAUCUACGUCAUGACCAGAACUACGAUUGAGAAGCGUCCAGUUGCAGAAUGUGGAGAUCACUCAGACUGUCAAUCCUGUCUGUCUGCCAGAGACCCCUACUGUGGCUGGUGUGUCUUGGAGGGACGCUGUGGCCAGCGGUGGGAGUGCCAGCGAGGGUCUAUGCAGGGCCAGUGGUUGUGGAGUUUCAACCAGACGCAGCAGUGCCUCAGCAUCCAGCGCCUCAAUCUCUACAACAUUAGCCGUGGAGAAAAAACAGACAUUGCUCUGUCAGUAGAGGGCCUCCCUAAUCUGAAACAAGGAGAGGCGUAUUCCUGCUUCUUCCAGGACACAGAAACUCCUGCCUUGCUCACUACCACUGGUGUGAUCUGCUCCACCCCCGAUGCCAACAGUUUGCCCCUCAUUGGCCCAGGAGAUGAGUUUGUGAUGGUGACCUUGUCGCUGCGUUUCGUUAACGUGACUGUAACAGAGACAGAAUUCACCUUCUACAACUGCAGUUUGGUCCAGGAGCUUUCCGGGCGCAGACCAUGCCACGGGUGUGUUAGCAGUCGCUGGGGGUGUAAUUGGUGUAUUCAUGAGCAUGUCUGCACACAUAAACACACCUGCAGUGAAGGAGUCACCAUCUACAACCAACAUUUUACACCAUCAACACCCACCCUCCCACCUCCCACCAGAAAACCCACACCAUCACCUCCUUCUGUUCUGACUGCUCCAACAACAACAACCAUUACAACAACAACAACACAACCACCACCCACAGAGACACCUGCCCCGAUCAGAACAGCUGUUCCCUCAUCUUCAACACCAGUGACAACCCCCACCGACCCGAACGUUGGAGCUACCACACCACCUACCCUCGCUACAACGUCCCCUUUGGUCCGGACCUCCACCCAGGCCGGCGCCACUCACACUGAAGCCGACACCACAGUUGUAGAGACAACAACAAACGUAGCUGCAAGUGUCUCUUCAGAGGAUGGAGAUCCCAACAAGUUAAACAUCACAGCUGAAACGACCCACACUACAUUGCCCACGACCACUAAUAGCCAUGCAGACUCUCAGCUGAGCGUUUUAAAGCCAUCUGCUGAAGCAACGGGCUCCUCUUCUGAGAUAAGCUCAGCUGCUCCCAGUGAAGUGGCUCCUUUUAUAGUCCCCUCCAUCAGCGCCAACAAGGAUGUCUUUCCUCUGGCCACUUCUGAGGAGAGCGGCCCACCGAGGCCGCAUGGACCUGAGGAAGAGACGGUCUCUGAAAUGAUUCCAUCUGUUGCUCAUUCACCCAUCUACACACAGUCACCUGAAACUGUUGCUGACAACGACCCUGAAGCAAACCCUCAGUCUGAUUCUUCUUCUGGGUCUUAUGUCCGGGAAUGCCCAUGUGUGGAAAGAGUUCAAGAUUCCUCCCUCCUCCCUGUGAAUGUGGAGAGGAAGAUCACACUAGUGGGUCAGCACUUAAACCUGUUUCAGGAUGAGACUUUGGAAUAUGAGUGUGUUCUGGACGUCGAGAGUCAGUCAGUGGUGGUGGAGGCCUCAGUAGAGCCAGAUGCUAAUUGGCCAUCGGUCUACUUCAUCACCUGCCAACCUCACCAGUAUGUGUACUCCCUCUCAGUGGAGGAAUACCCUGCUACUAUCAACGUGAGGAGAAAAAACAACUUCCUCAUCGACAGCGCUGAAGAUCUUCACGUGACUCUGUUCAACUGUUCAGUGGGUCGGUCCGACUGCAGCCGGUGUCAAACCGCCGACCCGAAGUACGGCUGUGUUUGGUGCGGCGGAGCUGCCAGCUCUCACUGCGUGUAUCGAGACUCCUGCGCCGAUGAGAUCAAACACACCUGCCCCGCGCCGGUCAUUCUUUUCCUGGAUCCAGUGUCUGGCCCGGUCGAGGGAGGGACAGUUGUGACUAUUUCAGGUUCCAACCUUGGUCAAAGAGCUGAAGACAUCUCGAGCUCAGUCACAGUCGCUGGAGUGCUAUGCAGCGUUAUCCACAGCAGAUACGAAGUGUCCUCGAGGAUAGUGUGUGAAACUACGAGCAGCGGAGGGGAGAAGAGCGGCCACGUCUCUGUCAAAGUGAGAGGUGGAGGAGUCGGAAUUUCAGCUCAGAUUUUUAGUUUUCAGAACCCUGUCCUCAGCAGCAUCUUCCCUCAGAGGGGGCCCAAAGCCGGGGGCUCAUCUCUCACCAUCAGAGGGCGGAGACUGAAGACGGGACAUCCCAGAGAAAUCAGCGUCUUAAUUGGAGGAGUUCCUUGUGGAGUUCUUAAUAUCCAGGAGGAUCAAAUAAGAUGUCGGACCAGAGGUAGCAACAGAACAGGAGUGCAUAACAUCACCGUGCGCUUCGGUGGAGCAGAGCGCCAUCUGGAGGGCUCGGUGUAUAAUUACACCCCUAACCCCAACAUCACAAGGGCCACACCAUCCAGAAGCUUUUUCAGUGGAGGCAGAAUCAUCAGAGUUUCCGGUCACAACCUAGAUGUGGUCCAAGAGCCGAAAAUGAGAGUGACCCUCAGUCCUCCUGACGCUCUGCCUCCCAGGAGGAGGAGGAGCAUCAAGAAGAAGAAAGAAAAACAUCUGAGCGGGGGUCAGGAUCACAUCGGUCCACUGAAAAGGUGGAGGAGGAUCGUUCCAGAGGUGAACUGUCCUAAGGGGGCGCUCUGCCAUGAAAAACUUUAUGAAUCACGCUGCACGGUGAACAGCUCCUUUCUCAUCUUGUGUCCGACUCCUGCUGUGGGUCCAGAGGCCAGAGGAGCGAGAGUUAAAGUUCACUUCAUGUUGGACAGCCUUCGUUUCGACUUUAGCACCGUGAGUAACGAAGCUUUCAGCUACGAGCCCAACCCCAAGCUCUACAAGCUGAACAAGAAUGACUCGAGCAAACCAUACCACCACAAACCUGGCAGCAUCAUCUCUGUUGAGGGAGAGUUCCUGGAUCUUGCCAUGUACAAGCAGGAGGUGGAGGCUCGGAUCGGGGAGGGUUUGUGUUUGGUGAAGACCCUGACGCACAACCACCUGUACUGUGAACCACCAGCCCAGCAGCCUUCUGUCACAGCCAGCAGGAAGCAGGAUGGCGUAGACAGUCUGCCCGAAUUCACUGUGAAAAUGGGAAAUCUGAAUUUCUCCCUGGGAAAAGUGCAGUACGACAGCCAUGCUCAGUCUACAUUUCCUCUGGAGGCUCAGGUGGGAGUUGGGGUUGGAGCUUCCAUAGUGGCUCUCAUAGUGCUCAUCAUAGUACUUAUAUACAGGAGAAAAAGUAAACAGGCCAUGAGGGACUAUAAGAAGGUACAGAUCCAGCUUGAGAACCUGGAGACCAGUGUCAGGGAUCGCUGCAAGAAGGAGUUCACAGACCUGAUGACGGAGAUGAUGGACAUGUCCAGUGAUUUGGUGGGCUCGGGUAUUCCCUUUCUGGAUUACCGGGCGUACGCAGAGCGUAUUUUCUUCCCAGGCCACCAGGAGUCGCCACUGAGACGAGACCUGGACGUUCCAGAGAGUCGGAGGCAGACGGUGGAGCAAGGGCUGGUCCAGCUGUCCAAUCUGCUCAACAGCAAACUCUUUCUCACCAAGUUUAUUCACACACUUGAGACCCAGCGGACGUUUUCUCCCAGGGACCGGGCCUACGUGGCCUCUCUGCUGACCGUAGCCCUUCACGGUAAACUGGAGUACUUCACAGACAUCCUCAAGACUCUGCUUAAUGACCUGGUGGAACAAUAUGUGGCCAAGAACCCCAAACUCAUGCUGAGGAGAACGGAAUCAGUGGUGGAGAAGUUGUUGACAAAUUGGAUGUCUAUUUGCCUCUUCACAUUUUUGAGGGAAUCAGCGGGGGAGUCGUUUUACAUGCUAUUCAGAGCUAUAAAACACCAGGUGGACAAGGGGCCUGUGGACGCCGUGACAGGAAAAGCCAAGUACACCCUGAAUGACAACCGGCUGCUCCGGGAGGACGUGGAGUACCGUACGCUGACUCUAAAUGUUGUGACGCCGACUGCAGCCGCUACCGGAGGCACCACCAACCAAACGGUACCAGCCAAGGUGCUGGACUGUGACACCAUCACCCAGGUGAAGGAGAAAGUUCUGGAACAAACCUGGAAAGGAACUUCAUAUUCUCAGAGGCCGCAUGUCGACUCGUUACAUCUUGAGUGGCGGGCAGGUGUUGCAGGUCACCUGAUCCUAUCAGAUGAGGACCUGACAUCAGUAGUACAAGGCUCCUGGAAGCGUCUCAACACUUUGCAGCACUACAAGGUCCCUGAUGGAGCCACUGUGGCUCUGGUCCCCAGGAGCAUCAAACAUCACCUCCACGACAGCCAUGAUUACAUGCCUGGAGAGAAGACCCCGAUGCUGGAUGAUGGGGAGGAAGGUGGUGUGAGACUUUGGCAUCUGGUAAAAGCCAGCGAUGAGUCCGAGUUGCCGAAGCGCCGGAGAGGCAGCGUGAGGGAGAAAGGUGGUGAAAGGGCGAAAGCUAUUCCCGAGAUCUACCUCACACGUCUGCUGUCCAUGAAGGGCACUCUGCAGAAGUUUGUGGACGAUUUAUUCAGUGCCAUCCUCAGCACCAGUCGCCCCGUGCCUCUGGCUGUUAAAUACUUCUUCGACCUGCUCGACGAGCAGGCUCUGCAGCACAGCAUCACAGACCCCGAGACCAUCCACAUCUGGAAGACCAACAGUUUGCCGCUUCGAUUCUGGAUCAAUAUCCUGAAGAACCCGCAGUUCAUCUUCGACGUGCAGACCUCGGAUCACGUAGACGCCGUGCUGUCCGUCAUCGCUCAGACCUUCAUGGAUUCCUGCACCCUCGCUGACCACAAGCUGGGGAGGGAUUCUCCCAUCAACAAGUUGUUGUAUGCCAGAGACAUCCCACGUUACAAACAGAUGGUGGAGAGGUACUACGCUGACAUUCGACAGACCAUUCCUGCCAGCGAUCAGGAGAUGAACUCGGCUCUAGCAGAACUUUCCCGUAAUUACACAGCUGAGGUGAACUGCCUUGUGGCUUUACAUGAGCUGUACAAGUAUAUCAACAAAUACUACGAUCAAAUUAUCACGGCUUUGGAAGAGGACGUUACAGCUCAAAAGAUGCAGCUGGGUUACAGGCUCCAACAAAUCGCUGCUGCUGUAGAAAACAAGGUGACAGAUCUAUGACCUCCAAACCACGACGGUUGGUUCUUUAAAAGGGGAGUUCAAUAAAUGAAGACAUUGUUUUUCCCGGGAAAAAGAAAAAAAAACGAUAAAGAAAUAUUGUGUAUAUUUGCUGUUUGAACAGACUGGUUUGACAUGAAUGGAGACUUUAGUGGUCUUUGUUUCCUGCUGCCUGCUUCAAACUUUCACAGGUCAUGUUACUGGGAGUAAAGGAUUCGUCCACCAAUAAAGAGGAACAAUGUGAGAAAAUGUGAAACAAAGCACAUUAAAAUCUUCGACAACUAUUUAGUAUCUCUUCAUUCAGUCCAGUGAAAGGAUGUCAGGGUCUGAAGAGUCAUUUUCGUUUAUUUCUUCUUCCUGAUGGACAAAUUCCUAACAAACUGAACGGAACAUUUCUGCCCUGAACUUACAGGUUUUUAACCUUCAUUGUGCUGGAAGAAACAUAAAAGAUGCCAUCAUCUUUUUUGUUGACUGUGGAGUCUUUUUUGUUUUUUUAUGUCUUACCUGCAGCGUCCACUGUCUAAUUAUUGAAUCUGAAGGGUUUAAUAUUUACUUUUUUAGGCCUUUCUUCCAAGUCUUACUUUUAUGUUUUGAGUUCAGUCAGUUUUGGGACUUUUUAUAUUUUUACAUCUUUGUUUUUAUAUUUCAUGUUUAAGAGAUAAGUUGGAACUGAAGCUCAGUGUUUUGUUUUUAGGGUAACUCUUCACAAAUGUUUAGAGACUUUUUAAAUGCACUGCCACAAGCAUCUUGCUCUAAGAAGAUCCCUGAAAGAAUGUCGUUUCUUCUACAUGAUUAUAAAGUGAAACCUUUCUUAAUUAAACAAUGGAUGUGAAAAGGUCAAAUCAUCUAGUAUUAAAUUCCUGAAUUAGUACCACUGAUAUGUAAAACCAAAACAAUACAGCUCAAAAAUCAAAACAAUUCACUCAUAAGUUUGAUAUUCUUUUUAUUCAGUCCUUUUUUAUUUAAGGUCAGCUUCCUGUGUCCUGUUUUAGGAAUUGUCAACAUUAAAAAGGGUGUUUUCACUGUUUUUCUUUUCUCUGUGGUCACCUGAGGUCCACCUGUUUUUCCUGUAAAAGAAAUAUUUCCACAAACCAAACAGAUAUUUGUUUGUUUGUUUGUUUGUUUUUUGCCUUUACGUUUGUGGCGUUCAAGUGGUGCCAGAUUGUUAGCCGUGUUGCAGCAAAUCCAAACCUUUUGUUCCUCUAAAUGUUUUCCCUUCAUCUCAACACUUAAAUCUGACAGUUUGAUGUGAAACAAAUGUCCCUGCUGCUCUGCAAAAUUAUUUAAUUUAUUGUUUAUUUAUUUUAUUGCUUAUGUUGGUUAUUCCAUUCUUGACCAUUUUCUUUUAAAGCUUUUUGGUGCGUUUUGUUUUAGGUCAACUGCAAAGAAUCAGAGGGAACAAAAAUGUAUUUUACAGUCAGCUUUUCUGAUAAUUACACUCCUAUUCCAUUCUGCUUCAAUUUUAAACUAAAUAGGAACUAUGUUUUAUAAUGUUGCCAUUACAUUGUACAUAAAAACGUUUUUACCAUUCGCUCAUGCACAUUAAUGUUUGCAGAUUAUCUGAGUUCUGAUGCUUGUUCUGUAGAUAAACACGGUUCCAAAGUAAACCUGACUUUAGUGUUCUCCAACUAACUGAUAGGAUGAGCCUAACAACAGCUUCAUGUGAUGCAAUAAAGUGGUCCGUAUGUCAACUAA